CACUUGUGAGUCACUGUAAGUUUAGUUUCCUUUUUAGAGUUGGGACACAGAUUGUAUUGUGUCUUCGUACAAAGAAACAGACUGGACCACAUGGACUCCUCACUGGUUUUACUGGUUUUACUGGUUUGGGGUCAGUUUUUCUACACAGCUCAUGCAGCUCUUCAUGAAGGGACAAUGUUCUACGGCUGCCAUGAGUUUGGUGACUGUCAGGUACAAAUGCAUUGGGAUGGAGACCAGGCGAUAUAUGCUGACUUCAAGAAAGGACAAGCAGUUUGGACAGCACCACUGCUUGAGGAGCUGAAGGAUGUGCUGUCAAGCGGGUUUUACGUUUUGGCUCUUGUUAGCAAGGAGAGACUAUUAAAACACUAUCUCUCUAAAGCUAUGCAGAUCGACAGGAGUCCCACUGAAGAAAAGGCCCCGACAGUGCUCAUCUAUCCCAUGGAGGAGACAGAACAGGGGGAGGAGAACACCCUUUACUGUUACAUCAGUCACUUCUACCCCCCCCUCCGCCAAUAUCACUUGGACCAAGAAUGGUGUCCAGGUGACAGAAGGUGUGGCCCUCAGCAACCUCCACCCUGAGACAGACGGGACCUUCAGUCAGCUGGCCAGCCUCUCUU